AUGUCUCAGAAUGAGCUGCCGCCAGCAAUCUGGCGUGCCAAGGUGGUCGAGCGAAUUCGGCGUAGCACGAGAAAACAGCGCGAGGAUUGGAUCCGCGAAGCUGGCUACAACCUCUUCGGUCUCGAAAGCGACCAAGUCUUCAUUGACCUCCUCACAGACAGCGGUACCGGCGCCAUGAGCGACCGCCAAUGGGCGGCAUUGAUGACUGGCGAUGAGACGUAUGCAGGGUCCUUGUCGUUUUCCAGGCUCAGAGACAAAGUCGAGCAGCUGUUUGGAUUCGAAUACGUCCUUCCCGUCCACCAGGGCCGUGCUGCAGAGCACGUUUUGUUCUCCCGGAUCGUCGAGAGAAACAACGUCGUGCCCGGAAACUCCCACUUCGACACCACGCGAGCCCACAUCGAAUGCCAGCAAGCCACCGCCAUCGACUGUCCCCUUGAUGAGGCAUUCUGCAUCGACCAACCCCAUCCCUUCAAGGGCAAUCUUGACAUCCAGAAGCUCGAGCAUAUCCUCGCGGCCGAGCCCAACAACGUCCCUUUCGUCCUCGUCACGGUCACCUGCAACAAGACCGGCGGGCAGCCGGUCUCGAUCGACAACAUGCGCCGCGUCAAGGCUCUAGCUCGCGAGUACGGCGUUCCCGUAGUUUUCGACUCCGCACGGUUUUCCGAGAACGCAUGGUUCAUUCAACAACGCGAGCCCGGUUACGCGGAGAAAACCAUCGAAGAAAUCAUCGCGCAAAUGUACCAGUAUGCAGAUGCGAUGAUCAUGAGCGGGAAAAAGGACGGGAUGGUGAAUAUUGGGGGCUUCCUGGCGAUGAGAGACCAGGAUUGGUUCGAGCGUGCCUCUGACAACGUCAUCCUGUUUGAGGGCUACACAAAGUAUGGCGGAAUGGCUGGCCGAGACAUGGAGGCAUUGGCCGUAGGCCUCGGCGAAGCCACCUGUGCCGAUCAUCUACGCUCCCGUGUUGGACAAGUCCAGCAGCUCGGCCGCAAGCUCAUUGACGCCGGAAUCCCGAUCCAGCAGCCAGUGGGCGGCCACGCGAUCGUCAUCGACGCGGCCGCCUUUCUGCCUCUUGUCCCUAGGGAAGAGUUCGUGGCGCAGAUGCUGGCGGUGGAGCUUUAUCUCGAGGCUGGUGUGCGAGGCGUGGAGAUCGGCACCCUGAUGAAUGACCGAGACCCAAUCACGGGACACAACCGUUACGCGAGGGCCGAGUUCAUGCGCCUUGCAAUCCCGAGAAGAGUUUACGGGAACGAUCAGCUGGACGUUGUGGCUAAAGCUCUCAUCGACAUCUACGGACGGCGAUUCACCAUCAGUCGCGGUCUCCGAAUUGUGAAAGAGGCGGAUACUCUGAGGCACUUCACAGUGAUUCUUAAAAGAGCGGAGGACGACUACUGA